CCGCUGACGUCAGUGGGUGGGGCCCGUGUCCGGGUCCUGGCCGUUUCUGGAAGUUUCGCCGCCUCAGAGACGCCGCUUACCUGGCGCUCGAGAGCUCACUACAAUCCGGCGCCAUCCUCCGUCCCAGGGCCCCGUUCCGCCGCCAUCCUCCAUCCAAGGGUUCCGUCCUGCUGCCAUCCGGGUCCGUCCUCCAACUCAAGGCCCAGACCCGGUCUAAGCGAUGCCAGAGAAAAGCGACAACAAAGGCCCGAACAGCGCGACCAAGGGAGUUUAUCAGGACCGUGAGAAACCGGCUCAGAUCCGCUUCAGCAACAUCUCCGCCGCUAAAGCUGUUGCAGAUGCCAUACGGACAAGUCUUGGCCCAAAGGGCAUGGAUAAAAUGAUCCAAGAUGGAAAAGGUGAUGUUACCAUUACCAAUGAUGGAGCAACUAUAUUGAAGCAAAUGCAAGUUUUGCACCCAGCGGCAAAAAUGCUGGUGGAGUUGUCAAAGGCUCAGGAUGUGGAAGCUGGUGAUGGAACCACAUCUGUUGUGGUAAUUGCAGGAGCUUUGCUUGACUACUGUGCUAGACUGCUUCAAAAAGGGAUCCAUCCUACAAUCAUAUCUGAGUCUUUCCAAAAGGCCUUAGAAAAGGGUGUAGAGGUUUUGAAUGGCAUUGCUCAACCUGUGGAACUAAGUGAUCGAGAAUCUCUCCUGAACAGUGCUACCACUGCUCUCAGCUCCAAAGUUGUUUCUCAGUAUGCCAGCCUUCUUGCUCCAAUGAGUGUUGAUGCAGUAAUGAAUGUAAUCGAUCCUGCAACUGCUAGUAGUGUGGAUCUUCGCGAUAUCAAAAUUGUCAGGAAACUAGGCGGAACAAUUGAUGACUGUGAAUUGGUGAAUGGACUCGUUCUGACUCAGAAAGUAGUUAAUGCGGGUGUCAGCCGAGUGGAAAAGGCUAAGAUUGGGCUCAUCCAGUUCUGUUUGUCUGCUCCAAAGACUGACAUGGAAAGCCAAGUUGUAGUUUCUGAUUAUGCCCAAAUGGACCGCGUGUUGCGUGAAGAAAGAGCCUACAUUUUGAACUUGGUGAAGCAGAUCAAAAAAGCUGGUUGCAAUGUUCUGCUGAUUCAAAAAUCAAUUCUGAGGGAUGCACUUAGCGAUCUGGCCUUGCACUUUCUUAAUAAGAUGAAGAUUAUGGUCAUCAAGGAUAUCGAGAGAGAAGAUAUUGAGUUUAUCUGUAAGACUCUUGGCAUAAAACCAGUUGCUCAUGUUGACCAGUUCAUGCCAGAUAUGUUAGGCACAGCAGAGUUGGCAGAAGAAAUCCGUUUGAAUGGUUCUGGCAAACUGAUCAAGAUUACUGGCUGUGCAAAUCCAGGGAAAACGGUAUCCAUUGUAGUCAGAGGGUCCAAUAAAUUGGUAAUGGAAGAAGCUGAGCGUUCCAUUCAUGAUGCUCUCUGUGUCAUCCGCUGCUUGGUAAAGAAAAGGGCUUUGAUUGCUGGAGGUGGAGCUCCUGAAAUUGAGUUGGCAGUACGCUUAACUGAAUAUUCCCGUACUCUUAGUGGCAUGGAGGCAUACUGUGUACGUGCGUAUGCUGAUGCCUUAGAGGUUAUCCCAUCUACUUUGGCUGAAAAUGCAGGUCUUAAUCCAAUUUCCACUGUCACAGAAUUGAGAAAUAGACACGCACAAGGAGAAAAAACUGCAGGAAUUAAUGUCAGAAAGGGUGGUAUUUCUAACAUUCUAGAGGAGCUGGUUGUGCAACCUUUACUUGUCUCCCUCAGUGCCCUGACACUUGCUACAGAAACAGUUCGUAGUAUCCUGAAGAUUGAUGAUGUGGUUAAUGCACGAUAGAUGCAACAGAAGUGAUUCAGAUGUCUCAAAUCCCCGUGUUUAUCUGCUGUGCCAACUUGUGAUUGAGCACAACCUUUCUGAUGUUUCAUCAUAAUGCAGAGUUGCUACAUGUUUGUGUUUACUAACUGUAGUAAUGCUUUAACUUAAUAAAAUAUUCAAAGUUUGAAAUUCAA